CUGGGGCGUCGGGUGUAGUGUCCUAGCGGCAGGAAUGUGAGAUGUGAGUCGCCUGCAGGGCGUCCCGCGUGUUCCUCACGAGAGUUCGACCACUGAGGAGGUCUCCGCCAUGGACAGGCGUCACAGCGGCGACGCGAGCAGGACCCCAAUGGCUUGGCGGCACCGCGACCAGCUGUACCAGCAGCAGCAGGGCUACCACCAGGGCAGCGGUGAACAGCUGUACGAGACGCACGCUCCCCGUUCGACCCGCUCGGGGCCACACCGACCGUCGAGGACAGCGUCCCCGCCCGACACCAGCAACACGAGCAGCUUGUCGUCCGAGUCGCAGACCCCGCUGCCACACCACGUCCCGCACCAUGCCGCCCUGGGAGCGUCCUCGGCAUCCGUCGCGGCGGCCGCAGCGGCCGCGGCCGCCUCCAUGCCCACCUGGGACGCGGAGCCCUGCCCCAGCGUCAUCUACGGGCACGGACCACCACCUGGCAUGCUCCAGGGCCUUCCCCCCGGCGUGCACCCCGGCAUGGUCAUGCUACCCCCCGGCUACCCGCCGGGCUACCCGCCUGGCUACCCGCCCGGCUACCCACCGGGCUACCCGCCGGGCUACGCGCUGUCCCCGGUGAUGCUCGGGCCGCCGCCGCCGCCACCCGGGCCGCCCGCCGCCAUCCUGCUGCCGCCCAUGAUGAGGCCCAGGCCGCUCGUGUUCCCCGCUGACGUGACCCCCACGCCCCCCGAGCCCCUGCCGGUGCGCGAGCCCAAGGCCGCCAUGCUGCCGCCCAAGGAGCUGCUCGUCGCGCGCAGCAAGAUCCGCUGCUGCCGCGGCGGCUGCAUCGUGCUCUGGAUCAUCCUCGGCCUCAUCCUGGUGGGCGCCCUGCUGGCCACCGCACUGCGCUUCGUCGUGCCCUGACCGACCCCUCAAUCAUCAGUCGUGACGGAAGGAGGAAAGACUGGCGGCGAUCCCCCCACACCUCCCAGUGAGAAAUUUUUCCGACGACAUCUAUUUUCACGUCGUUACGACAUAAAAGUUGGCCUGAAAUCGACGGCUUUUCGACAGUUAAACGUCGACACGACAUAGAAACGACAUAGACUGCAGUCGAUUUCAGGCCCACUUCUACGUCGUAGUGACGUGAAAAACGAUGUUUAAACGAUGUCGUCGGAAAACAUUUCUCACUGGGGCCCAGUCUGCCCUGAGCAGAGCAGCAUGGAGGUGGAGACACUUUGCGGCAUUAUUAAUCAAGUUCUUCUUCUUGAAUCCACACAUUAAGAUGAGACUGAAUUGAUCAAUGUAAAUAAAUCGCUGUAGUUUUAAGUUUAUGAUUAAAGUACUGUACUGAACUUUCA